AUGGAUCCAUAUUUCAAUGGCCUGCUGGAGAGUCUGGAGAGGAGGUUCCAGAAUCUGGACCUUUUAGGGGCCUUCCAUGUGCUGAGCCCUCAGGCAGCAACUGGAGAUGAGGCCAUUUACGUAGCCAAUUUGCAGCUCCUUGCCGGCAAAUUUCUACAGGCUGACUGUAAUGAGGUGCUGCAGGAAUGGUCCUCUUUUAAACAGCAGCUGAUAGUUGGGCCAUUCAAGGACUUGGAUCAGCAGCAGGUGAUGCAGGAACUGGCAUCAGAGGUGGGUGAAUGGGGGCUGCUUUACCCAUCUCUGAGCAAGCUGGCUGCCAUUGGCCUGACCAUCCCAGUUUCCAGUGUAAACUGUGAGAGGGAUUUCUCAACAUUGAACCGGGUGAAGACUGACUUGAGAAAUCGCUUGCAGGGGGAACACCUUGCCACCUGUAUGCGAUUGAGCAUCAAUGGCCCCCCAACCAGAGACUUUCCCUUUAGGAGAGCCUUAGAGCUAUUCUUUAAGACCCCCAGAAAAAUAAAGUGCUCUCAGGCAGGAUGCCAACUGUGCCAUCAUCACUAAAUCGAAUCAAGUCAAGUCAUUUUAUGUAUAGAGCAUAACAAAAACAUAUAUGGAUCAAGAAACAAGGCAGGACAAAUGAUAUAUGAGAGAAAAACUAAGGAAGUAAACCCCUUGGCAGAA